CCUGGAGUCGGCACCUGUCACAAGAUGGCCAGGCCGGGCACUUGUACAUUGAGUUUGAAAGGCGCUGCUCAGAGGCGCACAUCCGUUUUCUUCCUGUCUCUUAUUUCAGGUGUCUGCCCAGGAGGUCUGCGAGCCACGGCCUCCAGGGCCCGAGUCCUGCCCCUACCAAGGCUGCUCGUGCUCCUUCCUGUAAGGACAGACGGGCGCCCAGCCCAGGAGGGCAGGAGGAGGGGUCCUGAAGCCCUUGAAUUCCUUCCCGGGCCUGCUCACCCGGCUUUCUUCUCCGUCGGACCUGCUCCCACGGGCAGAGCCCCCUAUGGAAGGUGAGCGAAGCCCAUCAUCCCCAGAGCUGGGGAAAGACCCUCCCUUUCUCUGGAGCCAGGUCCCCAGCCCCAGCCUGGCUGACCCCGACUGGUUUUGGGGUGAGCACAUCCAGGCGAAGAGGGCCAGAGUGGAGGCCACCGUCCACGACAGGUGUCUCUCGCCCCACCCUCUGCUGACAGACCACACAGGAGCCAGGGGCGGCCGGGGCUGCCCAGAGACAACCCGGGAGCGGAAGAGGAAGCAGAGCCUCCCCGUGCACCAAGGCCGCCCGAGGCCAGGCCCUGCCUGGGACCAGGGCACCUGGAAGGGGGGCCCCCGGGUGAGAGAACAGCUUCAGCUGCUGAAGCGACAGCUGCGACACCUGCACGGGCACAUCCAGCAGGCUGUGGGGCCCAGGCCCAGCACCCAGCGCCCUGGAGGCUCUGAGAAGGGGACGGGCCCUCUGGGCGGGGAGCAGAGAGAUGGCUGUAGGUCUGGUCCCCGGAGGCUGGACAGCAACUGCCGGCACAGCUCCAGCAAGAACCCGUCUGGGGUGCGGGCAGCCAGAGUGGCCGGGGUCCAAGGCCAGCCUGAGGAGCCCCGCCCCCCUCCUCCUGGGGCACAGGCUUUGCUGGGGAGUCUGAGGAAGGAGCUGACCAGGGCGGUGUCCCAGGCUGUGGACUCUGUACUGCAAAAGCUCCUGAUGGAUCCACCGCGCCCCCCAGCCCCGCUGGGCAGAAGCUUCCAGGCGCUAGUACCGGAGGCAGGGAGGGAGCCCACACCUCCUGGGCGAGGUGCCCAUCAUGACCCACUUGCUCUGGCCCUCUUGCCCAGGAGGGCCCAGCCUCCAGCUGGGGUCCCCUUGGGAAAUUUGCCACUGGCCAAGCCUCUAGAUUCUCCUCUGCACCCCGUCUCGGCGAGAAGCUUCCUCAAGCCCCAUCAGGGUGCCCCGCCUGGGCCUGCCUACAGCCAGGGAGAGCAGAUGCGUACCCAGCUCCUGGGCCCCGGGCCCAGCGGCCUCUGGAGCAACAGUGCUGCCCAGGACUCGCCCUGCCUAAGCCACCCCUCCUCGGAGUCCGCCGUGCAGCCCUGGGGAGCCGCCGAGCCGGGGCCGUCGGUUCUGAGCCAGCAGCGGCAGUGUCCCCUGCCUUUCACCUGCCCCGGCCUGGCGAGCUUCGGCCUUGUUCCCUCGGUGAAGACGGAGCAGCGCAGCCCGCAGGCUGUCCGGGACGUGCUCGCGCUCUCCUCCCGCCACGCCGACCCCGCCUUCCGCACCAGCGGCUUGGCUUCCGGGGUGAGAGUCGUUGAGUGUCAUGAGCGCCCCCUGCUGGUCAUGGGCGUUGGAAGCAUCCCAGAGCUCAGGAUCAUCUGGAAGGCAGUGAGCUUCUAUGACCUCAAUGUCAAGGGCACCACACGGGCCAGGACAGCCUGA